GUCCUGCCUGCUCUACGUGUUGUAUCUAGCUACGAUAUCGUUCGUGAAUAUUCUGGAAGCUCAUUUUUUGACGCAUGGACCUAUUACGGUCAAUACGACAAUCUUACUCUCGGGGAUGUCAACUAUCUGGACCAGAGCGACGCUGUCUCUCAAAAGCUGACGUACACAGACGACAACGGUCAUGCGAUCAUCAAGGUGGACAACACUACUAAUGUUCCUUGGAAUGAUAAGCGAAACUCGAUCCGCAUCACCAGCCAGGAUUCGUAUGGCGUUGGAAGCCUGUGGGUCAUUGAUUUAUUGCAUAUCCCUUAUGGAUGCUCGGUUUGGCCUGCCUUCUGGACGGCAGGAACAGAGUGGCCAGCCAACGGUGAGAUCGACAUCAUCGAAGCCAUCAACCUCAUGUCGAACAAUCAAGCCGCGCUCCAUACAACGGGAGGCUGCACCGUUCCAACUAAUUCUUCCGAAACAGGCCAGCUUACCACGACGGACUGCUCGCAGGGUAGCGGGUGUGUCGUAGCAGAGACGGCUGAGAAUAGUUUUGGAGCAGGUUUUGCUGCAGCCGGAGGUGGUGUCUGGGCCACACAGUUCGAUGAUGCGGGCAUCUAUAUCUGGUUUUGGAGUCGGCCGAACGUACCAGCGUCCAUCACCGGCGCCACCUCCACUUCCUCUUUGAAUACCUCAGAAUGGGGAACUCCAUCCGCCAGCUACCCUUCUUCGUCGAGCUGCGAGAUAUCAAACUACUUUGGCCCUCAGAAUCUUGUCUUUGAUAUAACUCUAUGCGGCGACUGGGCUGGUAUUGCCUCAGCUUAUAACGCAACAUGCGGUAGUUCUGGCCCUACUGGGCUUUGCUACAACGAUAUGGUUGUCGGUGACGGUAGCAAGUACGAUGACGCUUACUUUGAGGUCAACUACGUCCGUGCCUAUACUACAGGGGCAGCGCCUACUCCUACCGGUACCUCUGGCUCGAGUUCUUCCGCAGCUUCUGGUGCCCAGGUUUCCACGACGUCUACAUCA